UGCAUCAUAUUGGAGACCCCGUUGAGAGGAUCUUUUCUCUCUAUAAAGAGAAGAUGCAGCUCAGGCGCCUCUGAGAUGAUCGCAAGGAUUUACUGCGCGCCACUCUGCAUCUAACUUCGGACGGGCGUCCUCUGCUGCUUCCACUUCCACACCAAGUCCUCUGGACUGCGACCACGCGAGAACGUGUUUACUCAGUGGACUGAGGGACAUUUUAAUGACGCAGGAUUUACUCUGCCAAAGUCUCUCAGUCACAGAGACCCGAACGUGAGCGUCUUGUUCUUGUGCGCUCCGAGCUUUAGCUCCGAGCUGUAGUUCGUGCACGUCGUCGCCUCUUGGCGCAGUUGGUGUUGCAGGUGCGCGGAGAAGGAGCGCGAGGACAGAUGGCUGCGCUGGCGAUACAAAGGACUGACAACUUUUUACACACCUUUUUACAGGACCGGACGCCCAGCUCGUCUCCAGAGGGAGCACCCAACGCCCUCUCCUUCCUGGCCACCACCUGUAGCCAGGCCUGGCAGGUUGGAGGCGCUAUGGGCUCAGAAGGCUCCCAGUUCCCCUACGAAAGCACCGUCAGCUCCACGUCAGGAAUGUUUCAGCUCUGGAGCAACGACAUAGCGCCAAGCACAGCCCUCAGCACACACCAGAUGACCUUCACGGUACCUAAGGUGCAGUUCCCGGGACACAUGCAGCCUGGUCUGGGUCACCAUCAUCAUCAUCACCCCCAUCAUCACCACCACCACCACCACCAUGAGCUGCCUCUCACCCCUCCAGCUGAACCGCCAUCUUCCUACUCUUUUGAACUCUCCCCUGUUAAAGUGCUGUCUUCGCAGCCACAGACCACCAGCCCCUAUUAUCCUCAGCACAAUAGUGUGGGACAAAACUUCCCCAGCUUCAUCCAGAACUCCUCAGCCAGGCACCACCUGCCUGGAGGCCAUGUGGACGAAGGGCAGCAGUGGUGGAGCCUCCCCCAAACCAACGCCACCCCUGCCCACCAUCCCUUCUCCCUCGGCAGACAGCUGGUGUUGGGCCACCAGCCCCAGAUUGCUGCUCUUCUCCAAGGCACCUCCAAGGGCCUGCUGAGCUCCACGCGCCGAUGCCGCCGCUGCAAGUGCCCCAACUGCCAGGCAAAUGGUGGGGGGUUAGAGUUCGGAAAGAAGAGACUGCACAUCUGCCACAUCCCAGAGUGUGGCAAAGUGUACAAGAAGACCUCUCACCUCAAGGCACAUCUGCGCUGGCAUGCCGGGGAGAGGCCGUUCAUCUGCAACUGGCUCUUUUGCGGUAAAAGCUUCACCCGUUCAGACGAGCUCCAGCGGCACCUCCGCACGCACACUGGAGAGAAGCGCUUUGGGUGCCAGCAGUGCGGCAAGAGGUUCAUGAGGAGUGAUCACCUCUCCAAACACGUCAAGACCCACCAGACCAGGAAGAGCCGGUCUGGGCCACCUUCACAGAGCACGGACCCGCUGCUCACGAAUAUCAAGAGAGAGUGAUCUCUGUGAGCAAAUCACUCCAAAAUAAUAAUCAACAAUGAAUAGACUGUGUGACUUACACUAACCACCAUAGGUUUGCACUCUAGGGUGAGCAUGAAGCGGCCCGAAGAUCUUCUCGUCAAAGCCCUACUUUUGACUUCAAAAAUAUAUUUAAAGACCAUUUUUAAUUAAAGUAAUUGUGUGCUAUUUGAGGCACCUUUGAAGAAUACUUGAAGCCUUUUUCAGUGAUAUUGUGAGAUUUUUGCUGAAUUCAGUGUAAUGCCAGAGAAACAGAUUUCCCCUGAAUCAAAAAAAAAGAUUUAAUGCCUUCCACAAUUUAAGAUUUGUUUAAAUUUCAUCUGAAAAAACAUUUUCAAUAUUCAUUUUGUAAAUAUUUUUAGAAGGAUGUGACAGAUAUCAGACAAAUCCCACAAGGUUUAUCUUCACAUGUUGUCCAUAUUGUGUUCAAAAUAAAUGUAUGCCUUAGAACAGCUAAUGGUUGCUCUAAAAAAGAAAAAAAUUCCUGCCCUUGUUAACGGGUUCAGAAUGAAAAUGUGCUUCUGUUACCGCUAAUUUGAUUAUUAUUCCAAAACAUACCCACAUUUGUGAGCUUUAAGGUUAAGACCUGUAUUGAAAUGUAAGUCUUUGAUCUACAGAUUUAUCUUGUUUGCUCUUAAGCAGUAAUGUGAAGCGGCGUUGCUCCAGAUUAGCAAACAUUCGAAAUGUUCCAAAUCUUUGUAAAUUAUGUAUAAAUAUCAUUAACAAUUUUAUUAGGAUUAUGGCCGCAUGUACAUUUUAAUAAACAUUGUCCUUGCUGAAACAAU